AUGUUUCGUCUGAGACUUUUUCGGCUCUCGGUGCUCGUGGCUUCUGUUGCGCUCAUAACCCCCAACAAUCCACUCCAGGCUCUGGUAGCCUUUGCUGGGAUUGGGUAUGUAGUGACAGUUAGUUUGAUUCCACGAGUUGCACCAAGUUUUAUCCGUAUUGGACUCAAAGGGCGUGAUCUUCUGAAACCGCCUCCUGUUGACUAUAUCGCUGAGUCCAUGGGUAUCGUUUCGGCGGUGACCUACUUGUUCUUGAUGUUUGGGCUUAUUCCGUUUGUAUUCUUCAAGUACUUAGUUCUCUUCACGUCUCUUUCCAACGAUUCAAGUAUCUCUGAUAAUUACAAAGCCCAGUACCAGUCGAUAUCCAACGUGCGGUUGUUUCCGCACAACAAGUUGGCUGAGUACUUGAGUGCCAUUUUGUGUUUGCAGAGUACGACGCUUCUAGGGUUCCUCGACGACCUCUUUGAUAUCAGGUGGAGACACAAAUUCUUCCUUCCUGCCGUAGCAUCGUUGCCGUUGCUAAUCGUCUACUACGUCGAUUUCUCGGUGACGUCGAUCGUGGUGCCUACUUUUGUCACCGACUUGCCUGGUGGAGACUUGUUGAUCUACGUCCUUAACAGUGUCAUCCGCAUAGGCAAUCAUUUUGUUACGAAGGUCACGGGCUUGUCGUUCAGUACCUUGGCAGCAGAUUAUGAGGUACCUAAAGCAACUCCUAAGUUGAUCGAUUUGGGAGUGUUCUACUACGGCUACAUGUCUGCUGUUUCUAUUUUCUCACCAAAUUCCAUUAACAUCUUGGCUGGGAUUAACGGUUUAGAAGUGGGCCAAUCAAUUGUUCUUGGCUUGAUUGUCCUCGUCAACGACGCUUGCUACUUGCUCUCCGACAACAUCUCAGGGGAAGCGUACGACUUCCACUUAUUUUCGGUGAUAUUCAUCGUACCCUUUAUGGGUGUAUCGUUGGGGCUUCUCUCGUUCAACUGGUACCCUUCCAAGGUGUUUGUAGGUGAUACUUAUUGCUACUUCAGUGGCAUGGUGUUUGCAAUUGUUGCAAUCUUAGGCCAUUUCUCCAAGACGUUGUUGUUGUUCCUCUUGCCCCAGAUUCUCAACUUUGUCUACUCUGUGCCGCAGUUGUUUGGCAUCGUACCGUGCCCAAGACACAGAUUGCCCAAGUUCAAUAAGGACUCCGGACUUAUGACCCCGAGCUACGGCGAAUUGAAACACAAGGCUUUUGUAGGAGUAGCCAUGCUUACGGUGUUGGAGAAGUUCCGGUUGAUCCACCUCAAGAGAGAUGCGGAAACUAAUGAGAUCAAGGAGUUCUCCAACAUGACCUUGAUCAACUUGUUCCUUGUGUGGUUCGGUCCGUUACGUGAAGACACCCUUUGUGUCGUGAUCUUGAUGGUGCAAUUGACUAUCGGCAUUGCCAUGAUCUUUGUAAGACACACUGUGGGACCAUGGAUGUUUGGCUAUGAUAAUUUGAGCUGGGGAGUAAAGUAG